AUGUCCAUCGCCCAUUCUGAGAAAGUGAAACGCCAAGCUGUCCUCAUAGGUUACGUUGAAAGUCUGACAUCAGGGGUUGACCAUGAGAAGACAUCAGGGGUUGACCAUGAGAAGACAUCAGGGUUUGACCAGGAGAAGACAUCAGGGGUUGACCAUGAGAAGACAUCAGGGGUUGACCAUGAGAAGACAUCAGGGGUUGACCAUGAGAAGACAUCAGGGGUUGACCAUGAGAAGACAUCAGGGGUUGACCAUGAGAAGACAUCAGGGGUUGACCAUGAGAAGACAUCAGGGACAUCAGGGGUUGACCAUGAGAAGACAUCAGGGGUUGACCAUGAGAAGACAUCAGGGACAUCAGGGGUUGACCAAGAGAAGACAUCAGGGACAUCAGGGGUUGACCAAGAGAAGACAUCAGGGGUUGACCAUGAGAAGACAUCAGGGGUUGACCAUGAGAAGACAUCAGGGGUUGACCAUGAGAAGACAUCAGGGGUUGACCAUGAGAUGACAUCAGGGGUUGACCACGAGAAGACAUCAGGGGUUGACCAUGAGAUGACAUCAGGGGUUGACUAUGAGAUGACAUCAGGGACAUCAGGGGUUGACCACGAGAAGACACCAGGGGUUGACCAUGAGAAGACAUCAGGGACAUCAGGGGUUGACCAUGAGAAGACAUCAGGGACAUCAGGGGCUGACCAUGAGAAGACAUCCGGGGUUGACCAUGAGAUGACAUCAGGGGUUGACCAUGAGAUGACAUCAGGGGUUGACCACGAGAAGACAUCAGGGGUUGACCAUGAGAAGUCAUCAGGGGUUGACCACGAGAUGACAUCAGGGGUUGACCACGAGAAGACAUCAGGGGUUGACCAUGAGAAGACAUCAGGGACAUCAGGGGUUGACCAUGAGAAGACAUCAGGGGUUGACCAUGAGAUCAUACUUCAGGGACUGCCUGGAUCAGCAGAAGACGAUAGAGGACAUCAGAGGACACCAGCACUUUCAAAGGGACACGAGGCUGUCAGCACCAGCCUGGAGACCACACACCGCCAUGUAGAGAUGGCUCAGCUAGUAGUGAGCAUUGUCUCCUUUGUGCCGGGACCAUCGAUUUCCGGUUAUACAGCUGCUCUGGAAAGUCUUCUGUACCUCCCGGUCAUACAGCUGUUCAUCCUCUAA